CCCAAAUAAUUUUUGCUAGCUGCAUACCGACGAAUCCCUUACGGGUAACAUCUCCAUCUGUCCGCCGAGCACAGGCCAGUGAAGGCACUGAUGAGCGACAUUCCUUGUUCCAAGAUGGUAAUGAUGGUGUGCUGACAGUGCUGCACUGAGCUCAGCUGUGCUCACAGGGACCACCCUGGGUUAGAACCCUCGGUAGUUUGCCACGAGCGAAACCAGUUCGCUCGCUUGAUUAUUCCCUAACGUUGAAACGGUCAAUGCGAUCUUAUGGGGUGAGCCAUCGCCGCUGUCAAACAGUCAAAGGCCCGGUGCUGGUUCACUCUCUCUCUGUCCGUCCCCGGCCAUCUGAGCCAAUGCCCGGCCUCUCUUCCUGCCACGCUCCUCCGAGUGUUGUUCCUCCGUGCCGUUCGUUCUCUCCACGUGCUUGCCCGACAUGAAGUUGAGAGCCAUCCUCGGGUCCGCUGUGGCCUUGCUGACGGCCGUGGUGCCGGUGGUGUCGGCCCAGGACUUAAGUGCGAUGCCCCAGUGCGCGAUUGCUUGUCUGACUGACGGCAUCACGCACUCUACCUGUGCGGCGAACCUGACGGCGGCCUGUGUCUGUAGCAAUGCGCCGCUGCAGGCCCAGGUCUCGCUGUGUGUGGCGGCCAACUGCACCAUGAAGGAGGCACUUGUGGCCAAGAAUGCGACGAGUACCUCGUGCGGUGUGCCGCUGCGUGACCGCGGCACCAAUUACGACACGGCCUCGAUUGUCCUGAUUGUCGUCUCGUCGGCCAUCGUGGCCCUGCGCCUGGGCUUCAAGCUGCUAGUCACGCGCAGCCUGUCGUCGGACGACUGGGUCAUCUUCGGCCUCCUCUUCGUCAGCAUCCCGAGCGUGGGCAUCAUACACUAUGGCACCGUGCCCAACGGAGUGGGACGUGACAUCUGGACCCUGACGCCCGAGCAAAUCACUAACUUCCUCUUCUACUUUUACAUCAUGGCCAUUCUCUACUUCACCCAGGUCGCCCUCAUCAAGAUCUGCCUUCUGCUCUUCUACUUGCGCAUCUUCCCGGCCCGCCCCGUUCGCCGCCUGCUUUGGGCCACCGUCGGCUUCUCCGUGGCCUUUGGCAUCUUCUUCAUCUUCCUCGCCAUUUUCCAGUGCACGCCCAUCAGCUUUUUCUGGGAUAAGUGGGACCGCGAACACGAGGGGAAAUGCCUGGACAGCAACGCCAUUGCGUGGGCCAACGCCGCCCUCAGCAUCGCCCUCGACUUUUGGAUGCUGGCCAUCCCCCUGGCCCAGCUCAAGACGCUGAAUCUUCACUGGAAGAAAAAGAUCGGCGUGGCCCUCAUGUUCUGCGUCGGCACUUUCGUAACCAUCGUGUCCAUCGUCCGCCUCCGGGCCCUCGUCGUGUUUGGAAAGUCGAGCAACCCUACCUGGGACAAUUUUCCCGUCUCGCUGUGGUCGACGGUCGAGAUUAGCGUCGGUAUCAUCUGCACCUGCAUGCCGACCCUGCGCCUGCUGCUAGUCCGCCUGUUCCCCGUGCUGGGCGGCAGCAGCUACGGCCCGAGCAACGGCUACUACCAGUCGGGCAGCCACCCGGCGAUGCCCUCGGCCCGGGUGCGCGGUAGCCGGAGCCGCACCCUUGUGAGCUCGUCCGGCAGGUCCAAGCUCGACGGCGCGCAGACCAGCACCGACAGCGUUGAUGUUGAUGCUCCGCCGCCGGCGAAGCUGUCAGGCAUCGUGCGCCAGCAGACGUACGCGGUGCAGUACGAUGAUGACGAGACUAGCUUGGUGCAGAUGAGGGGACUGGAUAGCAAUGGGAAGAGACCUGGAGCAUGA